AUGAUGCAGUUUGUAGAGGAUACGAGCUUCUUCAAGGGCGACAGCGAGAACAACGUUAGUAACCUCACUAACGACGGAAGGGAUAGUGGGAAGGAACACACAGAUGUGCAUGUCUACACAAGCAGCAGGAUGAUGGAGACACCACUUUCCAAUGGAAAGACGAUACAACAGGUAUACAGCCACGCGAAGUACGUGCAGGGAAAAGACAAAUCUGUUGGAUCCUUAUGUACAGAAAACACAGAUAUGCUGUUUGAAGAUGGAAGGGGACACAUGAUGAGUAGUCCAGAGAGGGGUGCGAAUACAGGAGGCGUUGCAGAAAGUCGGGGGGAGGAUAUCUUGCUAAGUCUACUGAGGAUGAAGGAUUUAGUAGCGGAUCACAUCUUACAGAAGAGAAAAAAUGAAAAAUGGUAUGAAGACCAGAUAAAGCAAGCGAAGAAUUAUUUGAAAAGAAAAAUGGAAUCGAAGAUCAACGAGGAUUUCAUAGAAAUAUUCCCCUGUGUAUCGGAGUACAAUGGAUAUUCUCAACUACUUAAUGCAGGAUUAACAUUUACCCAUGUAAAUGUAGUAUGUGGAGUAAUGAUUCAUACGUUUAAAUGUUUGCAUCAUGAUGAGUGCAUCGGUGAAGCUUAUGUAUUGACAGGAGAUAAAUCACUAUACAAGGGAAUUCUGGUGAAGGGUCACCUGUGCAUAGCAAAGAAGGAACCCAUGUUGCAACAAAUUAAUUCUGUGGCCAAACGUUACCAGUGGACAUUCUUCGAUAACUGCUAUAGUGUACGUUCUGGAAGGAACAGAGCCAUUGCCAUGGGGUAUAGGUAUUUGAACUCUAGCACAAGUGCAAAGAGAUAUGUUCGGAACUUCAUUUGUAGCAUGAAGAAGAGGUGCAUGAGUCGGCUCAGGGUAGUAAAUUACAUAGGCACGAAGAACACGUGGAUCGAGUUUAACUCCACUUACCAUGAAAAAAAUUGCCUCUUCUAUAGACCUUGGGAAUGGGAGAGCGAGGAUAAUACGACGCGGAAUAUUAGGGGGAAUGGGAACAGUCUCUCCAUUCAUAGCAAAGGAAAAAGUGGCACCCGUGAUGCAGGCAUACAUCGACCUUCUCAUAUAACAAGACAAAAACAGAGAGUCUUCUAUAACCAUUCAGUAAUUCCUACCAAUGGGAAGAGCUUCCUCCAGGGGAAUUUACGAAGUAGUGGCUCCGACUUAAAUGCAACGUACAACUGCAGGAACGACAACGAUGUGGUGAUCCUCGUUGAGCAUACUGGUCAGGGUGGUCAAACUGGUCAGGCUUGUCACAGCGAAGUGGUCGCGCAAAACGGCGUUAUGUUGUUGCCUCUCACUUUGAAUGGCCAUAAGGAAAUUAUUUCAAAUGGUUACUGCGGAGAGGAUCCCUGCAAUGGAAGUAGCCCACCCAAUCAGGUGAGACCAUUACAUCUAUCUGAACAAAAUCUUGCCACUCGUUCUAAUAGGGGAGGCCUCCUAAAUGGGAAAGAUGCACCUGCGAACAUUUCCGCCCAAAGUGGAGAAUGCCAAAUGGAAGGAGAAACCCUGAGGAAACGUAACCGGAGUGACACUACGGGGAUGCAUACUAUCGACAUUGUAGUGGAUAGGACGAGGUUAUUGUCCCUGUCAAAGGAGAAUGGCCCAAAGGAAGAUUCCCCCAUGGAUGGAACAAUGAAGGGGAGACAGCGCACCACAAGAAUAAGGGGACAGAAAGGAAAAAUGAUAAUUGAAGAUCAGCCGGUAAACGGAGAGAGAUCCACGAACUGUACCUCUGGGAAAACCCUCAGCCGAGGGGGCAAAAGGGGUAGGGGGGCUAUUUUAAAACCACUUAAUGGAUAG